AUGAUGGAAGUUGCCUUCAUGUCCACAGAGGGGGAAGAGGUGUGGUGGCGCUGAGGAGGAGCCGAGGUCCUGCUGCCGUGCCCAAAGUAUGGUCUCAAGCAGCUGUCGAGACCUCAUCACCUCAGACUGGGAUUGGUCUGGUUCUUCAGGAGCCUCUCUGCACUGUGGGAAAGAGUCCAGCAGAAGACCUGGACUCCAGACACCCAGUGGAAAUCAGAGUGAAUAUUUUGAUGCUUAUAAGAUCAGUCUGAAGACAAGAUGUAAAAAUGUGACUGAAGGAACUGAUGAAACAGGAAGUGGAACCCUCCUCAACAGGAUCUACACUGAGCUCUACAUCACAGAGGGACAGAGUGAAGAGGUUAAUACCCAACAUGAGGUGAGACAGCUUGAGACAGCUUCCAAGAUGGAGAUCCUCCAUGACGCUCCAAUCAGGUGCCACAACAUCUUUAAAGCCUUACCUGACCAACAGAAACACAUCAGAGUGGUUCUGACGAACGGCGUCGCUGGCGUUGGAAAAACCUUCUCAGUGCAGAAGUUCACUCUGGACUGGGCAGAGGGCUUGGAAAACCAAGAUGUCAGUCUGCUGGUUCUGCUUUCGUUCAGGGAGCUAAACCUGAUCAAAGAUGAGCAGUACAGUCUUCUCACACUGCUCAAUGUUUUCCAUCCAACAUUACAGAAGGUCACAGCAGAGCAGCUCGCUGUCUGUAAACUUUUGUUCGUCUUUGACGGCCUGGAUGAAAGCAGACUUUCACUGGAUUUCCACAACAAUGAGGUUGUGUCUGACGUCACACAGAAGUCUUCAGUCAACGUGCUGUUGACAAACCUCAUCAAGGGGAAUCUGCUUCCCUCGGCUCUCGUCUGGAUAACUUCCAGACCUGCAUCAGCCAAUCAGAUCCCUCCUGAAUGUGUUGACAGGGUAACAGAAGUACGAGGCUUCACUGACGCCCAGAAGGAGGAGUACUUCAGGAGGAGAAUCAGUGAUGAAGAUCUGUCCAACAGGAUCAUCUCACACAUCAAGACCUCCAGGAGCCUCCACAUCAUGUGUCUAAUCCCAGUCUUCUGCUGGAUCACUGCUACAGUUCUGGUCCACAUGUUGACUACAGACCAGAGAGGAGAGCUGCCCAAGACGCUGACUGACAUGUACUCACACUUCCUGCUGGUUCAGACAAAGAGGAAGAAGCAGAAGUAUGAUGAGGGACAUAAGAAGAGUCCACAGGAGCUUAUGGAGGCUGACAGGGACGUCCUUCUGAAGCUGGGGAGGCUGGCGUUUGAACAGCUGGAGAAAGGAAACAUCAUGUUCUACCAAGAAGACCUGGAGCAGUGUGGUCUUGAUGUCACAGAGGCCUCGGUGUACUCAGGAGUUUGUACAGAGAUCUUCAGAAGAGAGAGUGUGAUCUUCCAUAAAAAAGUCUAUUGCUUCAUUCAUCUGAGCAUUCAGGAGUUUCUGGCUGCAGUCUACAUCUUCCACUGUUACACCAACACGGAGAACGAGACACUGGAGACAUUUCUUGGGAAUGCCUGGGGUAGGUUUCGUAGCUGUGACCCAUCUUUAGAUAUGCUCCUGAGUAAAGCCAUGCAUGAAUCCUUAAAGAGCAAAAAUGGCCACCUGGACCUGUUUGUCCGCUUCCUUCAUGGCCUUUCGCUUGAAUCAAAUCAAAGACUCUUAAGAGGACUUUUAGGCCAGACAGAGAACAAUCCAGAAAGCAUCAAUAAAGAAAUCCACAAUCUAAAGCAGAUGAGCACCUACGAGAUCUCUCCUGACAGAAGCAUCAACAUCUUCCACUGUCUGAUGGAGAUGAACGACCACUCAGUCCAUCAGGAGAUCCAAGAGUUCCUGAAGUUAGAAAACAGAUCAGAGGUGAGACUCUCUGAGAUCCACUGCUCAGCUCUGGCCUACAUGCUGCUGAUGUCCGAGGAGGUUCUGGAUGAGUUGGACCUGAAAUCUUACAGGAUGUCAGAGGAAGGACAACUUAGAUUGAUCCCAGCUGUCAGGAACUGUAGAAAAGCUUGGCUUUCAUGCGGUCGACUUUUUGAGAUUCACUGUGAAGUCUUGGCCUCAGCUCUGAAGUCCAACCCCUCCCAUCUGAGAGAGCUGGACCUGAGUAACAACAAGCUGCAGGAUUCAGGAGUGAAGCUGCUGUCUGCUGGACUGGAGAGUCCAAACUGUAGACUAGAGACUCUGAGAUUAAGUGACUGCUGGCUGACAGAAAGCUGCUGUUCUUCUCUGGCCUCGGCUCUGAAGUCCAAACCCUCACAGUUGACAGAGCUGGACCUGAGUAACAACAAACUGCAGGAUUUGGGAGUGAAGCUGCUGUCAGCUGGACUGGAGAGUUCGCAUUGUAGACUGGAGACUCUCAGUUUGAGGUACUGCAGGCUGUCAGAGAGGAGCUGUUCAGCUCUGGCUUCGGUUCUGAAGUCCAGCAACUCCCAUCUGAGAGAGCUGGACCUGAGUUACAACAAGCUGCAGGAUUCAGGAGUGAAGCAGCUGUCUGCUGGACUAGAGAGUCCACACUGUAGACUGGAGACUCUGAGACUGAGUUUUUGCAGUUUGUCAGAAAGCAGCUGUAGUUUUUUGGCUUCAGCUUUGAAGUCCAACCCCUCCUAUCUGAAAGAUCUGGACCUGAGUUACAACAAGCUGAAGGAUUCAGGAGUGAAGCUGCUGUGUGCUGGACUCGAGAGUCCAUACUGUAGACUGGGGACUCUGAGAUUAACUGACUGCUGCCUGUCAGAGAGCUGCUGUUUGUUUCUGGCCUCGGCUCUGAACACCUCCCACCUGAGAGAACCGGAUCUGAGUAACAACAGAGUAAAGCUGCCGUCUGCUGGACAGGACAGGCGACAGAAACCUUGAAUGCCGGCGGCGGUUUUUAAAGAUGUGAGUAUAAAAACGUCAAACAUCCUAUUUCAUUAUAGAAAGUAACUUUGACACCUUGCAGUGAGGUUCACAAAUUAAAAACAUGCAGUCACAGCCCAACAGAUGCAAGUUCAAUCAAAAUCUGUCUCAUAACUCAGAACCUAGUAAACUAAAUCACAUAUAAACAUCUAUGCAAAUACACAAAAAAAAUCCUUUAAAAAAGAUGCCUGAGAACUUGCUUGAGCAGUUCUGACUCUGUAACAUUGAUCAACACAGUAAACUAUGCUAAUGCUCUCCGUCCACUACAGUCCACACCAAUGAUUUCUGUUUUCUGUUUUCUGUUUUCAGUUUUCAGUUUUCCAAAUAGACUCAGUCUCAUUGACAACAUUUCAGAGGAAAUCGCUCUAUAAGGAACUUUUUGAAGACAAAAUAUUGCUUCAAGACUUCCUAAAGAAUCACAGCAUGAUUGUUCAAAGGCAAACUGCGGACUGAAAGCAGACGAUACGGCAGGAAAUUCAGGGAAUAGGAUGAAACUUUUUAGAGCCUGCAGACCAUCUGGGUUGUCCCAAAGUGGACUCAUCAUCCACUCAAUGUGUCACUUUCAUUAUCACACCUUCUGUCUGGUUUCAUUACCUGUUAUAUGAACUGUAAAUGAGUUACAUUUGUGUGUUUAGUGUUUUAUAUACAGACAAACAUUGGCUGUCAUUUGUUUUGGUGUUGUUGUUGUUAUGAGUUGAUUUAUCUUCAGUUUCUGUAAUUUUUUGUUGUAAUUUUCUUGUUUUGCACAUUUCCUAGAAGCACCUGAGAGAGAGAGAGAGAAAUUCAAAUCAAAGGCCAAAUGAGCUGUUUAUGUUUUUUCUUGAUCAAGAGAGAGCCUCCUCUCUCCUAUUGGAUGCUUGGUAUAGGCUGUUUAUGCAUUGUGUGAGAAUAGUUGGAAUGGACAUCAGGACUUUAUUUACUAUAAAACUUCGUCCCCAUAUGAGGACGCAGGGUUGCAGGAGGCUAUACUACAGCCAGGUUCCUGCCAGGGCCCUGCAGCUCAGAGGAGGAAGAGGAGGAGGAGGAGGAGGAAAAAGAGGAAGAGGCAAUGGAGGAUGACACCUCUCCAUGGAGAUCAUCCUGUGGUCUCCCACACAUGGAGAGUCCCUGCCAUUUGCCCAGAGGACCGUCUGCAGCCAGCCUGGUCCUACAAGCCUGGGGCCAGGUCCAUGGUCAGUAGGAGGAAGAGGAGGAGGAGGAGGAGGAACCACAACCACAGCCAGGGCCCUCCAGAAAGCAGAGGCACAACGCAUAAGGGUUUGGACAAAAGUGUGCCAACCCGUGUCCAUCGAGGGGGUCGAUGCGGAGGUGGUCAGGACCUUUAAAUAUCUGAGGCUGCAGCUGGACGACAAGCUGGACUGGACAAAUAUAGACGCUUUACACAGGAGAGGCCAGAGCCGUCUGUACUUCCUGAGGAGGCUGGGGUCCUUCAACACCCACCACCCUCUGCACAACACCGUCACCAGGCAGAGGAGAGUGUUCAGUGGCAGACUGCUGUCCCAGUCCAGCUCCACCAACAGACUCAAAAACUGUUCCGUCCCCCAUCAGACUGUACAACAGCUCUCAGUAAAGGCAGGGAGGACAAUAGACAAUGGACAAUUUCUACCUGUAUUUGCACUGUUUACUGCAGCUACUGUUAAUAUAUAUAUAUAAUACUUUAUAUUUUAAAUAUCACGGUAAAAGUGAAAACAAAUAUUAAUUAUAUUGUAAUUUUAUUAGACUUUUAUGAGGAACCAUUUUGGGUCCCAAGGUUAAAACUUGUGUUCAUUUUAAAGGUGCCUCAAGGGUUAAAAAUGUAAUCUGAUACAAUUACUAAUUGUAGUCAGUCAUCAAAGUAUCACAGCAUUAAAGUAACUUGAUUAUGUAAAUAAAGAGAAAUGUCAAUAAAAAGUAUUGAUUAACUGUAAAAAAACUGCUUCAAAAAUAAACAUUUAAAAUAAA